AUGGACCCUUCGCUUAUUCCACCGCCGCUGGAUGGAUACGUCCUCGAUGACGCGGAGGAGUGGGAGUACUUUGGGGAAGGAGCCGCAAACGUGCUCUACCGCUAUAUCGGAGCCGAUCCUUUUUUCGUGCGUACUGUACACCCUCAUCUGGUGGAAAACGCGGCUGACCAAAGUGGCCAUAGCGGCCCUAUCUCCUCCGUCUACGAAAGCGUCUCCCCGGUGCGCCCACGACUCAGCAAUUGCAUGCCUACCUGCACUCUCGCUGGGGCCCCCUGCUGGACAACUACCUCUUAAAAACAGAGAUCGUCAAACUGGGCAUUAACAUAAUCCCCGACCUGAACAGUAUGCUCGCCAUGAGUGAUGCGGAGGAGGCAACAGACUGGUCCGGCCGUCCGAUCAGGCCGCCGAAGAAACGGCGAUUGCUGGACGAUACCGAGUCGUGGGGAUUAGUCGUGGAGGACAUGAGCUGCGGCAACUACUUGUACAGCGAGAUGGAGAUGCGGCCGGAGCCUACGCAGGAGGAGGAGGAGAUGGAUGACGCGCAGGAUGAGGGAAGCGAUGAGUGGAAGGACAUGGCCAUGAUCGAGUUUAAGCCGAAAUGGCUCGCCCAGUCGCCGAAUGCCCCAGUGAAUUGGGUGCUCUGUCGCACGUGCGCUGUGAGACAUAUGCAGUCCGCCAAGGAGCAAACCAAGGGCUUGCUCGGCGUGCCGGGGGAGGAAGUCGACUUGGAAGAGGAAGUGCGGGACUUUUGUCCGCUAGAUUUAUCCUCCGGUGACCCGGCACGCAUCGAGAGAGCCACUUUCGCAAUUCUAAAUAUGGAGAACUCGGUCAUGAUAGCUGAUCCAACGUCCCCAUCCGAUGACGAAGGCGAUAGCGAUAGCCCAGCCCCACCAACCCUGAACCAGAAACUCGCAAAGUGUCUAGAAAGCUCACUCGUCACGCUCUUGACAAACUUCCUCGGAAAAUCCCCAAUUAUUCCCCUUCUCACAACCUUACAAUCUCGCUUCGGGUCCCGCGGUGUAUUCACGUCUGCCACCUUAGCCCUGAUGGGCGAGAAGGACAUCCUCCCGUCGGAAGACGAGAUACGUAGAGCGUGCCUGGCCACCGGCGAGAAGUACGAACCGGCCCUCUCGGAUGAGGACGACAUCUGGACUGCAAUGACGCUCCGCGACUGUAGCCUCUUCUUGAAAGUCUGGGUGCGCAAGCGCCGGGGAAAGGGUAUGGAAGCGAAGAUCGAUGCCAAAGUCGGCGACCUGGAUCUUAAAGGCGGGGAGGGUGGGCGGGCGGUAUACUGGCGGGAUGUUGAGAGGAGAUUGAGGAUGGGCGGGUGGUAUAGCGGGAAAGGGAGCACGAGGAAUUGUAGAACUGGGCAGGAGGAGUGA